CGCUAAUCAGUAGAAGCAUUUUCAUUCUCUGAUUUUUUUUUUUUUUUUUGGUAGCAGCUAUGAGCACCCUUGUCCGAAACUCAACCCUCUCUUUCAGUCGCAAAUACAGAUACGAGUCACUUGGGCAGCUUCUUGGCAGGGACAAAAUGGUCAAAUCAAUUAGUUACAGGCGCAGAAGAGCCAAGCAGAGGCAAAUCUUUCUCACAACUUACAAGUUAUCUUCUUUGAACGAUGAUGAUUUUCAUGUUGUGGACAACGGUGACAGUAAUAAUAAUAAUAAGAACAAGAAGCCUGCGAUGAAGAAGGUUGCCGUUAAGGUUAAAAAGAUUGUGGCCUCUGUUUUGAUGUUCAUGAGAACUGCUUCUUUCAGAUCUUCGUGUAAUAAUCCUAGGACCUCUUCUGCCAUAGCUGAUGCAACAUCUCCGCUAUCAAAUAGGAAGAAUCGAUUCUGAAGAUAUGAUAGAGAGAAGUAAUUGACUAAAUGAAUUGUGUUUGUAUAAAUUUUAUGGGAGUCUUAUUUUCAGUCACGUCUCUGUAAUUUUUGUUCCUAAACGAGGCCAUCAGGUGUGUGUUUUGGAUUAUUAAACCGAUUUCUCUAAUGCCAUCUUCUUCUUUUCUACUAGUUUAUGUUGCAGAAAGAGGGAAUUGAGAAAUUGUUCUGUAUAUAGUUUAUGCUUCUGAGUAGUUGUUGUUGGCUGAUUAAUUUGCUGCCAUUUUUCAA